GGGAGGAACGCGGGGCACCGUCAUUUCAACACGAGGACCCAACACCACAGGAUGGUUGGAAAAAAUGAUUCUGGCGACACCCAUCUUCUGAUCGAAUGAAUGUGCAUCCGAAGGGUAGGCAGUAAUUCUGCGAUGAGUUAAUCAGUUGCAGACAUAUUGCGUGUCAGCGUUCACGGGGUAGGCACCUGGUUGCGAAAUUCGUGCCGCCGUUUUGGCUAUGCGCAAGGUUCGGAGAUAAACCGGCGUUGGGCUUUCGCAGGAGCGCGCAGCUGCUAUUUGAACCCUGGCAUGUUCACUCUUGCAAGCCAUUCGCUCGCGUCGCGGCCGCAAACUAUAAUCUCUUCCGCAAGCUGGAUGGGUAGGCUUCGCGAGAGAGAUGGGCCCCCACCAGAAGAAGGACUCACAUUUUCUCGUGGGCGUUUGGUUGGCGGCAGUUCCAUUGUCGCAUUGACGUGCGGGCGGCAGCGCCAUCGGAGGCGAUGCUUUUGCAAGGUUAUUCGCCCCAGGAUCUCUUCCCGCAAUAAUUGUUUUCAGCGGGUGCACAGAGAUAAUUGGGAAUCGAGUUCGGUCUUACAUGCAUUGCCAGAUGGCUCCUCGGCUGACGUGGGCAGCAAAUUUGAAAGUGAGCCUUUGAUGUGGUUCUCGCCAGAUGGUGAACGAAAAAUCGGCAGCGGCGAUACGCAGGUAUUACCAUUCAUUUCCUCCACCGAUGUUUAUCUUCCUGGAACCGCCGUGAACUUGUCCAUUGCAGCCUCACAGGAGUGCUGUCUCUAUGAAGAUAUGUUGCUUGGUGGAGGCCGUCUUGUUGUGACUUCAUUGCAAGACAGGGCGCAACAGCGCACAGCGCUUUAUGGGACACUCCUUUUUCUGGAAGAUUUGCGUGAUGUGCAAGCGGCCUCUGGUGGAGAGGUGACGUAUGUGGCAGAGCACCGAGCUAUAGGGCGGGUGAAGUUGAUUGACAUGAUCUCUGGACGUGGGGAUGGACGGCGCGCAUAUCAACGUGUAGAGGUUGAGGUCGUGUUAGACGCUGACACCGGUACAGACGUCUCAGACAACCGGGAUGCUGUGAUGGUUGAACUGCAAGAGUUAGCAAGGCUUCAGGGCAACUCGGGUGGAGCAAUGCCCGGAGACGUUUCGGCGGCAGAGCUGAUAUCGACUUUGCUUCCUGUGACGCUUGAUCCCUGCUUGCAGGCGGUGCAAGGACUCUGGCGCGCCAACGCUGGCGUAAGGAUACGCAUCCACGGUGCAGACGCGGUCGGUGUAGGAAAGUUAGAAGUGGAUGGGAAGGAUCUCGUGCUGCAGCUAACAAGUGGCCGCAGUGCGGGUGAAUUUCGUGGGCGUUCAGAUUCGGACGACCAGUCUGGCAACACAGCAGAGGUCUUGCAAUGGAGCGAUGGAGAUGUUUGGGUGCGGUUAGCUCGACCUCCACCGUACACGUUCGACUGCUUCGGCGAGAACGGGGCCUUCUGGGAUGCAGUGUUCCGCUGGAGUCGAAGAGGCUCGUGGCGUACCGAGGUGCGCAGGGGCGAGGCGAGAUUGCGAUCCGCGGAGGGGAUUCGUGAAGGGCUGACACGGCAGAACGACGUCGGGGCGCCAGACUUCGAAGCUGCGGAGGCAGAGUGGCUUAGCGCGGCACGUGGUGCAGAUGCAGAUGCAGAGGAGAUGUUGUGGGAGGAGGUGCUGGAGCCCUGCCAGCGCAUCCUGCAGGCUCCGACGCACGCCGCCUGCCUGCGGGCGUUUCGCGGUGCCAUAGCGGUCGAGGCUCGGGGCAGCCAACGUCGAAGAGGGAGAAAAGGAGGCUGAAUCUCGGUGCCGUCCCGAUUUCAGCUGCCUGAGAGAGGCAGCGCGCCUGCGCGUGCGGCUCGCGGUGGGUCGCUGAGGGCGCCCUGCGGUCCAUGUGGGGCGUCCAGAAUGGCCCGCCUGCCCGCUGUGUAGAGACUGGACCAAGGCUACGGCCCCAUCGCUGUCGCCUUAGUGGUGCGCGCCCGCGUGCUAAAAUAGCAAAGAGAG